GGCGAUGUGCAAUCGGUAUUUGUCGGGUCGUAGAAAAUCAAUACACACACAGGAGCACCGGAGCACUUCAUGCUGGCUCCCCAUGUGGGGAUGAUGUUUUAGGCACCGUUGUCCUGAUCCAUGGCAUCAAUACGCACGUGGCAAACGACAAUCUGUCAUGCGAGCGAAAAUAACCCGAUGGGCACAAACCUGGAGUAGCAUUCUCUUUAGCAGACCAUAUGAUGUGUAUUGCCUAUUACAUGUACGGGGCCUUUCUCUGAAGAGUUGGGGCGAGCGAACUUUAAAAAAUCGAAAACGCCAAUCGUUACUGUCACGGAUAAUUUCGAGAAGCUCGUCCAAACUCUCUUACCUGCUGUUUGGCUUUGAGAUAGCACAGCUUUUAUCAGACGCAUUUUAUUCGGAGUAUCAAAAUGAUACUAUCAGGUCUUCUGCACCUACGAACCCUUUGAUCCUGCGCUCUCCGCUUCGUUUUGUGUCAAUAUCUGCAGGACUUUGGCUUGAACGACUCGUUGUAAGAUUUUUCGCUGACCUCCCUUCAAUGGGGAGCAAGGCCCCCAAGCCCCCUGUUAGCGAUUUUGCUCGAGGCUGGAUCAAGUGCAGCAGACACAUAGUGUAUCUUAUCACUGCUAUUCCUCAGUAAGAUAGGAGCGAUGAUUAAGUAUUAGACGGGUAUAACGUAUACCAACUGAUUUAUCCAAGAAAGAGCAUAUAUCGUAACCUUCUUCAAGCACGCACAGUAUACAAACCUUCAAAAGUCAAGAAUAGUUUGCUCAGUGCCAAAAAUAGGUAUCAUAGACGAGAAGCCCGUAUCACAUGGAUUUUAUGGCCUUUACCGAAGGACUGUAAUCAUUGCUACCACCAUUUGCCCCUGUUGUAUACGUGGCUUGUGGAUCCUUUGAUGACGAUUGUGCGUAGAAUUUUGUAACACCGGGCAAAACAUUUAGUUCUAAUACGUGACAGUCUAAUGAGUUAGACAGUACCUUCUGCAGAAAUCGUAAAAUAGUAUUGUAUGUGCUGUUUGAUGCUCUUACUCUUCAUGACUAUUUUCCAUAUUGUAAAAGUUUGGACAGUGAGAUCAACUCCCAACUGUCCGAAAACGAAGGCUAAAAUAAAUGGGGUAUUGCUAGUUGAUGGUU